ACCAUUAAGAAGUCGAGCAAGUUACAUUUUUAAUAGAUACUAGAGGUCCGUCCUAUCUAAAUAUCGACGAAUGAGACUUUGAGAUUGUAAUACAAAUCUAACAUGUUGAUGCUCAUCGUAGACCAAAAUGAGAGUAAGUAAUCACCCAUGUGGAGUCAAAUUAGAGUACUACCUUCUGGUAUAAUAACCGCUACACCAACGAUAUAUGUAGAAUGACUUGUCAAAUUUCUACAUGAGUGAUGAAGCAACUUUCCAAUUGAUGGUGUAAACUCUCUAAACAUACAACUACUAACCGCGUACACAAGUAUCGUCUAUGAAAUUCGAUAGAACAACAUAACCAUCUAAAUUAACUGCCAUCCAUCAUCCAUGUUUAGUGUUUUUAGAUAUUUAUUUUGAUUAGAGAAAUUUCAGAUUUUUUAAUUGUAUUAUGUGUUCACUUUAUUUAUUUCAGGGAUCCUUCUCAAAGAAAAUUGAUUACAUUACAAGGUAGGUCCCUUCAAGAUCCAAAUGCAAUGAUUUGGCAGGAUCUUAGUGGUCCAUGUGGAUCUACCCAUGUCAUUAGCCAUAAACAGGUAGCCAGGUAGGAGAGAGAGAGCCCAAUGCUUUCUUUCUCCAGCACUCACUUUGCUUGUAAUUUACUGUAAAAAAAAAAAACUUUGCUUGUAAUCUCAACUGCUUAAAAAGGAACAAAAAUAAAUGAUAAAAAAAACGGUCAAUUCUUACCAAAAUUUUAAAUAAAAGGGUACAAAUGAAAAAUCGAAAUGGCACACAGAACAACAGAAGUAACAGAGAAAACGAUUAGAAAUCAGAGAGAAAAGAAGGAAAAUUUCUGCCCUCCAAAUUGAGAGAGAGAGAGAGAGAGAGAGAGAGUGGGAAGUAAUGCGAGAGAUGAAGAAACCUGGCGGAGCAGACAAGAAAAGGGUUCGAAGAUCGUCGGCAGCGGUGCAGAACGGCGGCCGAGAUCCCAGCACCGAUACUCCGCCUAGGAAACAGGCUGCAAAGAAAGAUGUGUUCCAGUUGUUUGCUGAGAAGGUGAGAGACCACAAAGAAUUAGUUUCCCGUUGGGCUGUCCUUCAGGAAACUCGUGUGGAAUAUUUCAGGGGGAAGGACUUUGUAAGCUUUCUGAAAAAUCAUCCAGAGGUGAAGGAGAUACUGGAAUCAGAAAAUAACUUGGAGGUCGAAGAAAUCGCUGACAUUCUGUUGAGUAAGAACCUUUUGGUGCGUUGUGAUCGGGUGGUUAAAACUAUUCGUCCUGGGAAGAAAAAGUUGUCAACAUGGCCAGCACAUUUAGAGAUAUUCCCUGAUCAAGUGUUCUCAGAUAAUGACGCAUUCUUCGCAUGGGCGUUUGUGAAACGAAGGCCACUUUGGCAAACACUUCUCUCGUUUUUCUGGCCCGUCUUGACUUUAGCAAUAUGCUUGUUUCCUGUAUAUCCACAUCGAUGCAAGCUUUUGAUUCUCUACUCAUGUGCGGGUGUCCUUUUGCUCAUUCUCUCCCUCCUUUUGUUGAGAGCCACAAUAUUUGGUACUCUGUAUAUUGUUCUAGGAAAACGAGUUUGGUUCUUCCCUAACAUCCUUGCUGAGGAAGCUACAUUGAGUGAGUUGUUCCGGUUCUGGCCCCAAAAGGAUGAGGAGGAACGUCCUAAGUGGACAACGAGGCUUUUGUAUGCUGGUGUUGCUGUGUCAGUUAUAUUGCUGCUAAGACAUCAUGCACCUGAUGAGGCAGCAAGACUUAGGUAUCAGAGGAGGAUGUCCAACAUUAUCGAUGACGUGCUUGAGUGGUCUCCAAGGCUAGCGUUAUCCGGGUUCAUGGACAAGCCACAAGAUGUGGCUAAUGUGACUGAUUCUGGAAGCAAUUAUGCAGAUGGUGGUGGUGAAGCACAACCGGAGAAUACGCCUCCGGUUGAGGAUUCCGGUGAGGGGGAUGAAGUUGUGGUGGAGAGUGAUGAGGAAGGUGUAGGAAGUUAUGAAGAAGACACCAGCAGGCAUGGUGAACAGGAUGACAAUCAUAUAUAAAAUUAUAAAAGAAAAUGAAGGUUCAUAGCAAGCAGGUCAUAAUACAGUAGUAGUUUGCUUUUGUCUGUUUUCAGGAUCCUUGAUUUUGAGUGUUAAACCUUGUAAUUUCAACAGCAAAAAAUAAAGCAGUUUGGUUGUUCACUAGGAUGUGUAAUAGCUAUACAUAUAGAACUCCGAGGAUGAUAGUAGCCAAAGUUGUGAACAUGUUGGAGUUGAACUCAACUUUUGGUUCCUAAUUUAGAAGAUUUUGAUUCACAAUCACAUUCCCAGUUCCAGAAAUGUUUACAGGCUGGACCAGAAUUCUUAGGCUGGUAGACUUGUGGAAUCAGUUCAAUAUUAUAUGAUUCAGUAACUCUUCGAGAUUUAGUUCAGAAAUGCUUGCAGGUUGGACCAGAAUGCUUAGGCUGGCAGACUCAAGGAAUCCGUUCAAUUUUAUAUGAUUCAGUAACUCUUUUUCGAGUUUUAAUUCAGAUCUAUGUUGAUUUUGGUUGAUUUAAUUUGCUUGAGUUGGACCAAACCAUGCAUAUACUAUUUGGCCCCGCCUUCUUGAUCGAACAAACCUGACCAUAUAUGCAAUCAAACUCCCAAAUGAAGCCAGAAAUGUUGUAGUAAAGCAUAACUGACAGUUUCCACAUCAAAAUCUUAAAGCUAUCUGUUCAAUCAUAUAUCCAUUCCCCCCAAGAGGUUUAUUGCUCAGUUGGUAUGUACACACAGUAAGAGGAGAAACCCAAAAAAGUAAAGACUUUGAGCUCAACAGCAGAAUGAACUACUGGUAAAGGA